AUGGAAAAAAUGAGUUGCAUUCUAACAUGUUUUCUCUUGAGUAUAGUCUUAUCAACAAAUGCUGAAUUUACCAAAAAGACUUACAUCAUUCAAAUGGAUCACUCAGCAAAACCAGACAUAUUUUCCAAUCACUUAGAAUGGUAUUCAUCAAAAGUAAAAUCAGUACUGUCUAGAUCAGUAGAAUCUGAUAUAGACAACAAUGAAGAAGAAAGAAUCAUUUACAGUUACAACACUGCUUUUCAUGGAAUGGCUGCUAAGUUAAGCCAAGAAGAAGUAAAAAAGCUGGAAUCUGAAGCUGGUGUUGUAGCUAUAUUCCCUGAAACAAAGUAUGAACUACACACAACAAGAAGUCCAUAUUUUCUUGGUCUUGAACCAAUUCAAAGCAGCAACAACAGUUUUUCAGAAAAGCUGGUUAACCAUGAUGUUAUAGUUGGUGUGUUAGAUACUGGUGUUUGGCCUGAGAGUGAGAGUUUCAAUGAUGCAGGAAUGAAACCAGUACCUUCUCACUGGAAAGGUGCAUGUGAAACUGGUAGAGGAUUCAGAAAUCAUCACUGCAAUAAGAAGAUUGUAGGUGCUAGAAUAUUCUACCAUGGAUAUGAAGCAGCAACUGGUAAGAUUGAUGAGCAAGCAGAUUAUAAAUCACCUAGAGAUCAAGAUGGUCAUGGAACUCACACUGCAGCUACUGUUGCCGGAUCUCCGGUUCGUGGUGCUAAUCUUCUUGGUUAUGCUUAUGGAACUGCAAGAGGAAUGGCACCAGGUGCAAGAAUUGCAGCUUACAAAGUGUGUUGGACUGGUGGAUGUUUCAGCUCAGAUAUUCUAUCAGCUGUUGAUACAGCUGUAGCUGAUGGAGUAAAUGUUCUAUCCAUCUCUUUAGGUGGUGGAGUCUCAUCUUACAACCAUGAUAGUUUAGCUGUAGCUGCAUUUGGAGCCAUGGAAAAGGGUGUUUUUGUUUCAUGCUCAGCUGGAAAUUCAGGACCUGACCCUGUCAGCCUAACAAAUGUGUCACCAUGGAUCACCACAGUUGGAGCUAGUACAAUGGACAGAGAUUUUCCUGCAGAUGUUAGCCUUGGCAAUGGAAGAAAAAUAAUAGGAACAUCACUCUAUAAAGGAAAAAGCAUGCUCUCAACUAGAAAACAAUACCCUUUGGUAUACAUGGGAGGUAACUCAAGUAGUCCUGAUCCAAGAUCUUUGUGCUUGGAAGGUACUUUAGAUCGUAGAGUCGUCACCGGAAAGAUUGUGAUUUGUGAUAGAGGAAUUAGUCCUAGAGUGCAAAAGGGUCAGGUAGUGAAAAAUGCAGGAGGAGUAGGAAUGAUUCUCACAAACACUGCAGCAAAUGGUGAAGAACUUGUAGCAGAUUGUCACCUACUUCCAGCAGUAGCAGUAGGAGAAAAAGAAGGCAAAGAAAUCAAACAAUAUGUGUUAACAAAUAAAAAAGCAUCUGCAACAUUAGCUUUUCUAAACACAAGAUUAGGAAUUAAACCAUCACCUAUAGUAGCUGCUUUUUCAUCAAGAGGGCCUAAUUUUCUAACACUUGAAAUUCUUAAACCUGAUAUAGUAGCACCUGGUGUGAACAUUCUUGCUGCUUGGAGUGGAGUUACUGGUCCAUCAAGUUUAUCAACAGAUCAUAGAAGAGUGAAAUUUAAUAUACUUUCCGGAACUUCGAUGUCAUGCCCUCAUGUAAGUGGAAUCGCCGCUUUGAUCAAAGCUAAACACCCUGAUUGGAGUCCGGCCGCUAUAAAAUCAGCAAUCAUGACAACAGCUUAUGUUCAUGAUAAUACUAUUAAGCCUCUUAGAGAUGCAUCUUCUGCUGAAAUUUCAACUCCUUAUGAUCAUGGUGCUGGUCACAUUAAUCCUAGAAAAGCUCUUGAUCCUGGUUUAGUAUAUGAUAUUGCACCUCAAGAUUAUUUUGAGUUUCUUUGCACACAGAAACUAAGUCCUUCAGAGUUAGGAGUGUUUGCCAAAAAUUCAAACAGAAUUUGCAAACACACUCUUGCUAGUGUUGGUGAUUUGAACUAUCCAGCUAUAUCAGUAGUGUUUCCAGAGAAAAUAACCGGUUCGGUUUCGACAGUUCACAGAACUGUUACCAAUGUUGGACCUGCUGUUUCAAAAUAUCAUGUCAUUGUUACACCAUUCAAAGGUACUGUUGUUAAAGUUGAGCCAAAUACAUUGAAUUUUACAAGAAAAUAUCAGAAAUUAUCUUACAAGAUUAGUUUCAAAGUUACAACAAGGCAAAGUGAACCAGAAUUUGGAGGUUUGGUGUGGAAAGAUGGGGUGCAUAAAGUAAGAAGUCCCAUUGUGAUAACAUAUCUGCCACCAAUGUGAGGUUCUUCCAUUAGGACUAGUUACUAGUUAAGUCGUUUUUCUUUUUUUGUAAUAAGCAAAUUUUCUGUGCUAUGAACUAUGAAGUGUAUGCAUUUUUGUUACAGGAAAUGUGAUUGAUAUUGCUUGCUUAAUAUAAUGAUCUUGCAUCA